AUGUCCAAUAUUCAGGUGAUAGUGAGAUGUCGAGGACGGAACUCCAGAGAAAUAGCAUCGAAGUCACCAAUCGUGGUGGAAGUUCCUGAAUCGGGGAACUCAGUCACGAUCAAUCCAGAACAGCACCCAACUGAUUUCCUUACUAGUAUGAACUCAAAGACAUAUACGGUGGACCAAGUAUAUGGGGCACAGACAGACCAGGCGUCUGUAUACACGCGGGUGGCGUUACCUUUGUUUCGAGACUUUUUCGGUGGUUUCAAUGUCACCAUUUUAGCUUAUGGACAGACGGGUACUGGUAAGACAUACACCAUGUGCGGAGACACUACUACAACCAGUAUAACAUCCACUAGUAAUACCAGUACACCUUCUUUAACUGAAGACGCGGGGAUAAUCCCAAGAGUGCUCACCGAACUAUUUGCUAAUCUCAAACGAAAUGUUGAUGAUGAUUUUAUUGUUAAAUGUUCAUUCAUUGAAUUGUAUAAUGAAGAACUUCGAGAUUUAUUAGAAGAUGAUUCUAAUAAUGGAGGUGGAUCAACACCUACAUCUAAUAAACUUCGAAUUUUCGAGUCCAAACGAAGAGAAUCGAGUCCAAAGGGUGAUAAUCAAUCGAUAAUUAUUCAGAAUUUACAAGAAAUUCAUGUAACAGAUGCUAAAAUUGGAUUAGAAAUCCUUAGAAAGGGGUUAUGUAAAAGAAAAACCGCAAGUACAAAACUUAAUGAUGUUUCUUCUAGAUCUCAUACGAUUUUCACCAUCAAUUUAUAUAAAAAAUUGACAAAUAAUGGAGGAAAUGAAGAUCAAUUUAAACUAUCAAAGAUGAAUUUAGUUGAUUUAGCAGGAUCUGAAAAUAUCAAUAAAUCUGGAGCCAUGAAUCAAAGGGCUAAGGAGGCUGGGUCUAUCAAUCAAAGUUUGCUUACCUUGGGUAGAGUGAUCAAUAGCUUGAGUGAUCGUGAAGAUACCAAUAAUAAUAAUAAUAAUAAUAGCACUACUACUAAUACUUCCAGAACUAAUAGCUCUAAUAAUCAUAUGAAUAGUUCAAAUAAUUCGAAUCAUAUCCCUUAUAGAGAAUCGAAAUUAACUAGAUUACUUCAAGAUUCAUUAGGAGGGAAAACUAAAACUGCCCUUAUCGCUACGAUUUCACCAGCUAAAAUUAAUACUGAAGAAACUACUUCAACUCUUGAAUAUGCAUCAAGAGCUAAGAAUAUUAAAAAUAAACCACAGUUGGGACAAGAUUCAGAAUUAAUGAUGAAGAAAAUUUUAUUGAGAGAUAUGUCUAAAGAAAUUUUCAAAUUGAAUAAUGAUUUAAUUGCAUCAAGACAGAAAAAUGGAGUUUGGAUGGAUGAGAAGAAUUAUAAGAAUUUACUUAGUGAACAUGAUUCAAUCAAAACUGAUUUAAAGGAAAAUUUAGCCAUUAGAGGUGGAUUAGUACUGAAAAUUGAACAAUUAAAAUCUGAUAAAAAGCGAGAUGAUGAAGAAUUAAAGAAUUUAAAAUCUGAUUUAAAGGAUAGAGAUUCAAAAUUAGCAAUUUUUAAAGAAUCAGAAUCAAAUUUGAGUGGGAAAAUGAUUAAAUAUGAGGCUAAAAUCACUGAUUUGGAGGAAAAAUUGGAGUUGAUUAAUUCAAAGCAAAAUAAAAUGAAUGAAUUGGUUGGAAUAGAAAUUGAAACCAUUAAUGGGAUACUUAAUAAUCUUACUAAAGAUGAUAUAAACAAUAAUAUUAAAAACAUUAAAAAAUCAUUGGCAGGAAGUAUUAAUAAUUUACAAAAUGGUAUGAAAAUAAUGAAAUCAUCAACUCAUACUAAAUUUCAAAAUAAAAUUCCUAAAAUUUUAUCAACUGAAUUCGAUCAAAGAAUUGGAGAAUUUAAUAAAAAUUUUGAACAUCAUUCUACAACAACAAAUCAAGGGAUUUCUCAAUUAAAGGAUUCAGAUGAAAAAUUAAGUGAAUAUUUGACUAAACAAUGUUUGAAUUCAAUUAAUAUUGAAUCAAUUGUACUGAAAUUAGUUGAAGAAAGAAUUGUUGGGAAAAUCAGUUCAAUAGGUGAAGAAUUAUCUUCAAAUGUUCAAAAUUUAGUUAAUGAAUCUAACAAAAAGCAUAAAUUAUUGGUGGAAGAAAGUGUACGGGAAAUAUCUAAGGAAAUUACCGGACUUGAACGUGAAGAAUUACAUGGUAAACAUUCUAAAUGGAAACAUGAAACAAAUUCAAUUACAAAGAAUUUAUUGAAAUCUUCUGAAAUGUUGAACGUACAAUAUUCAGAUUACAAACGGAAUAAUAUUGAAUCAAUAAAUAAAGCUUCGCAAAAUAUUACAAAAUAUGUUGAUGAAAAUGUUGAAUCUGGACUUAAUGGUAUUCUUGACCAAUUUACAAGUAAUGCAAGGCAAACAGAUCAAAAUCUUGAAGUUAUUAGUAAACUUUAUCAACAGAAAACUGAAAAUACAAUGGUUCUGUUACGUAAUACUCAAAAUUCAUUAACGAAUGGAACUUCAAAUUCAAACCCAAAAUCAAUUGAUUCAAAGAAAAGAGAAAAAUUGCUGUCUUCUCCAAUUAGGGGAAGUCAAAUUACAUCCCCAAUAAGACAACUUUCUCCAAUACGACAAACUUCACCAAUCAGACAAUCAAAUUCUCGACAAACAUCUCCAAAAAUCACGUCACCUAAACAUAGAUUAUCACCAGCAAAAAUCGCUUCAUUCUCCCAAAGUUUUGGUGGUAAUAGCUCGGAUAUUACAUUGAUGAAAACAAAGAUCCCACAAUUACAAAGAACUGGAAGUGGGAAUUGGGAAAGAGAAAGAGAAAGGGAAAAGGAAAAUUCUUUCAAACGUCGUAAGUUUUAA